AUUCGACACGUAUUUACUCAUAGUCUCUUUUGGUUUUGUCAUUAAUCCUUUGUCACGUGACACUUUAUAGGGUAUAUGUAUUGCGCCAACUUGAUUCAGUAAGACCUGAACAUUUAGUCAAACGAGAAAAUGCUUAGAUUAGUACUUGUAGGGGCCUUAGCCUCUGUGGCUUUCGGCAUGAAUCUGGGAGGCUUGAACCUGGGAGCCAUGUCCGGUCUCAUGGGGAACCUUGGAAACAUGCAACAGCUCAUGCAGAACAUGCCACCAGGGGCUAUCGAGGAUGCUAUGAAAAAUCUUACCCCCGAAAAAAUUAACGAGGCCCUAGAAAGCCCCCAAAUGCAGAAAAUGAUGCAGAGCAUGGGAAUCUCAAAAGAACAGGCUGAACAGGCCGUCAAGAUGAUGCCCAAGGACCCUAAAGUGCUCACCGGCAUGAUGACCCAAAAAUUAAGUGGCACCAAGUCUGCUCUGGAAGGGAUGGGCAUUCCAGUUGAUGAACUACCCCAGAUUAUCGGUGAGCUGAAAACUAAGUUCAAGGAUGAUUUCGGAAUUGAUGUUGACAACGAUGAUGAAGAGUCCGUCGUGGGCAAACUAAAGCAGGUAGCCAUUGACCGUCUGAAGGAGGAAGGAGUCGAUAUUGACCCCGAAGAUCCCGAGAAAACCAAAAAAUCAAUCAUCCAGAGAGCCAAAGCUUAUUUUGGAGUCUCUCCCGACAUGGAGGACGAGGAAUUCAGACAGAUGGUCCUCAAGGACGUUCUGAUUAACCUCCAACAGGAAGGAUUUGACAUCAACCCUGAGGAGCCAAAAGAGGCCAUUUUGAAGCUGAAAUCCAUGGCUUUCGAGAUGGCUAAGAACUACGGCUUUGAGAUCAAUGAGCAGAUGGAAUGGCCCGAAAUCAAGGAAAAGAUCAUGGGAGUGAUGAGAGAGAAGGGAGUUCCUGUUGACGACCAAGAGAAACUAAUCCCUUACCUGAUGGAGAAAUUCCAGGAAUAUCAGCCACUCAUCAUGGAAUUCAUGAAUAGCAUGCAGCCCCAAGUUGUUCCACAAAUGGUGCCUCAGAUGAUCCCCCAGAUGCGACCUGUGCCAAUCAUGCACGCCAUGCCUGUCCAACGCCCACCAUUCGCCAUGCCCUUGACUCUUAACCUCGAGGUGAACAUUGACGGUGAUAAUGACGAGUCAAGCUUUGGUGGAAGAUACCAGUAUAACGAGCAAGAGGAAAUGAUGGAGAUGUUCCAGGACCUCAUUCACUACCGUCACAUGGCCAAAAGACUGAUCGCAGAGAACCAGAUGCUUCAACACCGCCUGAUGUCCUUGGAGAGACCAGUCAUGUCAAGGUCUCCCAUGAUAUCCGCUAUCAUGGCUAGGUCGGAGGAAUAAGAAAGAGAAGGAAAUGGAGCGAGAGAGACAUGUAAUGAAGACCUGCAGCUCCAACCAGAACAACAAACAACACGUGUUGAUAAAAACUAAUGUUAGGAUUCAUCUUUUCACAUCGUCAAUAAAAUUUUGUGAACCAAA